UCUGCAUUCGCUGGCUCGUCGCGGGGUCACUUUCCAAUCUGCCGGAUCCAUCCAUGGUCACGGGCGUCGCCGACACUGUCACCGACUGCAACUACGCGUACUCGUGCUGGGAAUCCUCCAUCUCCAAGAUGAACACUGUCUGCGCCGAGUACCCGCCUUUGUACCCGCGCCUCCAGCUCAAUGCCAACAUGCCGCCGCAAAUGAUCGCCGACAUCAUCAUCGACUUGAAGCAGCAGCGACGAGCCGUGGACGAGAAGCGCGCUACUGUCCUUGACAAUCUCAACAUGACCGACGACGACCAGGACGUCCAUGACGAUGAGACCAGUGGACACGUACUCAAGAAGCGCAAGGCCGAGACCGAGAUCCACCGACCGGUCGCCGAGUUUGCCCGCCUUUUUGUCGGCAACGUGGUCCCAGGUCCGCUGUGCUCCUAGACGUCGACCGCUCUCCCUAUUUAAGUUAAUAUCUCCGUCAAAGCUACACAUUUGUUCGCUU